GGUCGCCAGGUGAUCGCACAGACCUGGAGCCUUUCGGACCACCAGGAAGGCGACGGUCAUGAAGAACGAAGUGAUAUAAUACGGCUUCAGCAGCCAUUUGUAUAUCUGAGGUAAAUGGUACAAGAAAGUACAGAGUCCUGUGAUAAGACCCAUCUUGGCAGACGCGACAGUCAAGAGGGGGUUUGAGAAGGAGUGACAGCUGAAGUAACUGAACGUGGUAGCUUGAUCAAACUACGCCUGCGCCAAACAAAUCGAUUUCGUAGUUUAUGGGCGCAGCGACUCGCCGUAGAUUUGGCGGGCACUGCAAAAUGUAAAUAGAGGAAGCUGAAAAAAAUGGAGGAAAGCGAAAUAGCAACACAAAAGGAGUCUGUUGGUAACAUCUGCGUGAAAGACUCUGUUGAAAAUCAGACUAAAGAAGCUACAGGCGACAUUUCCUCACAGAUGUCAAACCGUGAAACAGUUAGUAAGCCGUCCGAGGAGACGGAAGGUCGGUAUAACCGGCUGAAGUUGUUCGACAAAGUGAUGCAGAAGAGCCUGGAAAAGUUCAUCGAGCAUGCCAGUUUUAACAGAUUUGCCAGCACAUUUCGUCCACUGUACAAGAAGAACCCUCAGAGGAUGGAGAGCAUUCACAAGCAGUUCAUAGAGGAGUUGCGGAGGACUAUACAGGAGGACAUCAGCAGAUUGAUUGAAGAAGGCCGGUUAGAGUUCAAACUGAAUGAGCUGGACAGACUGGAGAGUGCUGCCAAGAACAAUCCAGAGGCUGCAUGGCGGCCGAGUGGUGUUCCCGACCACGACCUUUGCAGCUUUUUGAUGCCAUACUAUCAGAAGCAAGAAGCCUACAUGCGACUGGAGCUAAAAAAGAUUCAAAUAGAGAACGCUUCCCUAGCACAGAAGGUUCAGGCUGGUAGAGAGAGUAUCGCUCAGACUGAACAUCGUAUUUCUACCGCUGUUGAUGAGUGGAAGGCAUCAGUCACAGAGUUUGAAAGGCUGGCAUCUUCUCUCUGCCCUGCUGAUGUCUUUGAUGUGUAAUCGUGAUCUACAGAUAUAUCAAAUAACACAACUGUACAUAAUUGAUUUUAUUUACUAUGUCUGUUUUGUCUGAAAAUAAACUUGAAAACUUGGAAAUAAAAA